GAAUAUGCCAUUUCCUGGUUCCUUGCAAAUAUACUGAGAUGCCAAGUCGGUUUGAGGAACUCCAAUUUUUCUUUGCCUUUAAAGCCAGAUGCACUCCCUUACCUUUCAUUUCUCCUCCUCACAUUCCUUCCCUCAUCCAGAUUCUUUACAUGAACUCGAUUUCAAUAACUGGGAGAAUUUUCUAUAUUGGAUGUGGCUUAUGUCAAAUGCAAUUCAUUUGAAGGUGGUUGCAGCGAGUGAAGUAACAUAAGUUUUUUGGACAGAUUGAUGAGCUCCAUAAAGCAGUCUGUUGGACUACUAGAUACCUUCAAGAUGGAUAGGGUCAGAACAAUUCUGACUCCCGAAUAUCCAUAUCCCCAUGAGCAUUCACGACAUGCCAUAAUUGCAGUGGUCGUGGGGUGUUUAUUCUUUAUUUCAUCAGAUAACAUGUACACUUUCAUACAGAAGUUAGACAACAGUACUAAAUGGUGGUCAAUGUAUGCCUGCUUACUUGGAUUCUUCUAUUUCUUUUCAUCUCCAUUCAUUGGGAAGACAAUUAAACCAAGCUAUUCGAACUUCAGUAGGUGGUAUAUUGCAUGGAUUUUAGUAGCUGCUUUGUAUCAUCUUCCUAGUUUCCAAUCAAUGGGAGUGGAUAUGAGGAUGAACCUCUCACUAUUUUUGACGAUAUACAUCUCAUCUAUUUUGUUUCUUCUUGUUUUCCACAUUAUUUUUCUUGGCAUGUGGUAUAUUGGACUUGUUGCUCGUGUGGCUGGAAAGCGGCCAGAGAUCCUAACCAUAAUUCAAAAUUGUGCUGUCAUUAGUGUAGCCUGCUGUGUAUUUUAUAGUCACUGUGGUAACCAUGCUAUUUCGAGAGGAAGACCUUUUGAAAGGAGAAAUUCUGGUUGGUUUUCUAUUUGGAAGAAAGAAGAAAGAAACACUUUGCUGGCAAAAUUUCUGCGUAUGAAUGAAUUUAAGGAUCAGGUCUGCUCAUCUUGGUUUGCCCCAGUGGGAUCAGCCAGUGAUUACCCACUUAUGUCGCAGUGGGUUAUCUAUGGAAAGCUAGCUUGCAAUGGAUCUUGUCCAGGAAUAUCAGAUAAUAUCUCCCCAAUAUAUUCGUUGUGGGCCACAUUUAUAGGUCUUUAUAUUGCCCAUUAUGUGGUGGAGCGAUCUACUGGAUGGGCGCUUACUCACCCUUUGCCAGUUGAGGAAUAUGAAAAGCUGAAGAAACAGCAGCUGAAACCUGAAUUCUUGGAUAUGGUCCCCUGGUAUUCAGGGACAUCUGCCGAUUUAUUUAAGACAGUGUUCGACCUCCUGGUAUCUGUAACAGUAUUCGUUGGUCGAUUUGAUAUGCGUAUUAUGCAGGCUGCAAUGAGCAAGGUUCAUGAAGCAGGUCAAAAAGAUGAUCUUUUAUUUGAACAUUUUAGUGAGAAGGAAGACUUGUGGUUUGAUUUCAUGGCUGAUACUGGGGAUGGAGGAAACUCAUCUUACACUGUUGCCCGCUUACUUGCUCAGCCUUCCAUUCAUGUCAAGUGCAGCAAUUCUAUGCGUGCGCUACCACGUGGAAAUUUACUUCUUAUUGGAGGGGAUCUUGCGUACCCUAAUCCUUCAGCUUUUACAUAUGAAAAACGGCUUUUUCGUCCUUUUGAAUAUGCACUCCAGCCUCCACCUUGUUAUAAUUCAGAGCAUAUUGCUGUGAACAAGCCUGAAGUACCUUGUGCAGAAUCUGGUCUGAGGCAAUAUGAUGGACCUCAGUGUUUUGUUAUUCCAGGAAAUCAUGAUUGGUUUGAUGGGCUUCAAACUUUUAUGAGGCAUAUAUGCCAUAAAAGCUGGUUAGGGGGUUGGUUGCUGCCCCAAAAGAAAAGUUACUUUGCUCUGCAACUUCCUAAAGGAUGGUGGGUGUUUGGUCUUGAUCAAGCUCUCCAUGUUGACAUUGAUGUCUACCAAUUUAAAUUCUUUGCAGAAUUAAUAAGAGACAAGGUUGGGGAGAAUGAUUCUGUUAUCAUUAUGACACAUGAACCUAAUUGGCUACUUGAUUGGUACUGGAAUGAGGUCUCUGGGAAGAAUGUCUCUCAUUUGAUUCGCGAUCAUCUGAAGGGAAGGUGUAAGCUCCGAAUGGCUGGAGACUUGCAUCAUUACAUGCGUCAUUCUUCUGUUCCUUCAGAUAAGCCAGUCUAUGUACAGCAUUUACUUGUCAAUGGUUGUGGUGGGGCUUUUUUGCAUCCUACUCAUGUUUUCAGUAACUUCAAAAAGCUUUAUGGAACUUCAUAUGAAAGUAAGGCAGCUUAUCCAUCUUUUGAGGAUUCAAGCAGGAUUGCACUGGGAAAUAUCUUAAAAUUUCGAAAGAAGAACUGGCAAUUUGACUUCAUUGGUGGUAUCAUCUACUUUAUAUUGGCUUUUUCUAUGUUUCCACAGUGUCAUCUUGGCCACAUCUUGCGGGAUGAUGAUUCGUUUUCUGGUCACUUCAAGAGUUUCUUGAGCACAGUGUGGUCUGCUUUUGAGUACAUGCUCAGACACUCAUACGUGUCUUUCACUGGAACUCUUUUAUUACUAAUGGUAGCAAUUUGUUUCGUCCCUUCCAAAGUGUCACGGAAAAGACGGGCAAUUAUUGGGAUUCUUCAUGUUUCUGCUCACAUGGCUGCAGCACUCAUUCUCAUGUUGUUGAUGGAACUUGGGGUUGAGACAUGUAUCCGCCAUCGGCUGCUAGCUACUUCAGGAUAUCACACACUAUAUGAAUGGUACCGGUCGGUGGAGAGUGAGCACUUCCCAGACCCAACUGGCCUUCGAGCUCGUAUAGAACAGUGGACAUUUGGCCUUUAUCCAGCAUGUAUAAAGUAUCUCAUGUCUGCAUUUGAUGUUCCAGAGGUUAUGGCCGUCACCAGGACCAACAUCUGUAAGAAUGGGAUGGAGUCACUAUCACGUGGGGGUUCCAUCAUUUACUAUGCUUCUGUCUUCCUCUAUUUCUGGGUUUUCUCAACCCCUGUGGUAUCCCUGGUGUUUGGGAGCUACUUGUAUAUCUGCAUCAAUUGGUUUCACUUACACUUUGAUGAAGCUUUUUCCUCGCUCCGCAUUGCAAAUUACAAGGCAUUUACUCGCUUCCACAUUACCGAUGAUGGUGACCUUGAAGUAUUCACCCUUGCAGUUGACAAGGUGCCAAGGGAAUGGAAACUGGAUUCAGACUGGGACACAGAAGUGAAACAGCAGGAAAUGAGCCAUCAUAGGAAGUUCCCUAGCAAAUGGAGUGCGGCUGCUUCUCAGCAGGAUCCACUUUCUACUGUUCGGAUUGUUGACCAUUUUGUAAUACAAAGAACAGAUUCUCAGAACUCCAACUCUGAAGCAAGUAAAUAAUCCUUUGGUUAUUCAGUGAUUCGGGCCUUGAGAUCUGUAUACAGCAUUUUAACUUUCCACCAUUCAAGGGGAGAAAAAUAGAAAGGAAAAAAAGGGAAAAUUUUUACUCCCGAGUUUCCGGGUAGAAUGACAUUGUAAUCCCUGUUCUCUUAUCUCUUAAUUUAAAUUUAGACAAA